AUGGCGACGAAAUCCCGUUUGCGGGUCCGCGCAGCCACACAGGGGGAUAUCAAGACCAUGGCAGAUAUACACUUUGCGGCCUUCGCCGACAACAUUAUGAACCAAUUGAUGUACCCCCGCGGGGUAUCCGAGGACUGCAAAACAAAAUUCGAGUUAAAGCUGAUGCCGGCUGUCCCCGCUGAAGAAACCACUCCGCCCCGGACACAGGGGUUUGUCUGCGUCGUUGAAUAUCUCCCCCAGGGCGGACCUUCAGACCGACCAGGCGAGAUCAUUGCCUACGCCAAGUGGCGACUUCAACGCGAACAACAACCCGAGGAGGAAUGGAAGGGGAAGGAGCUACAUGCGACAACGGAGACAUGGGGGGACGUUUGCGAUGUAUCUGUCGUAAACGCAUUCAUGGGUGAAAUGGAUCGGGCCCAGCAACAACAUGCUAAAGGCGAAGCAGCAUUGUAUCUAAGCCUUCUUGCGUGUGACCCAACCCGGCAGCGUUCCGGGGCCGGGUCGGCCCUUAUGCAGUGGGGCGUCAACCUCGCUGACAGCCUUGGGCUUCCUUGCCGCGUCGAGUCGUCCCCGGCUGCUUAUGCUCUGUACAAAAAGUUUGGCUACGAGGAUGUCGCUGUUUUGGACAUGAAGGUCACGGAGAACUGGGGCGCCAGCAACACAAACGGGAGCUAUUGGGGAGAGAACAAUGCGGUGGACUUGGCUGGACCGGUUCCUAAGGGAGUUCAGCGCACUGUGAUUAUGCGGCGACCACCAAGAAACACCACUGCGACCGACCAAUUCAUCUUCGAUUUCAUUGGCAACGGAACCGCCAGAGACCUGGUUCCCUUCAAAAGCGAAAAGGCAGCCUCAGCAGCCUCACUAGCCCAAGACGAUGCAUCAACGCAAUUAGACGACCAAGAUCAUGAACAACGCCGACCGUCUAGCUGGACGCUCAUAGACGGCCAGACAUUGUCCCUUCAAUUAGACCUAGUAGAAGUGGACGGUUGUGAUCGCCCCUCUGGGGAGAUGGAUCCCCUGAGCGCUGCAGCCAACAUCAUAUCCAUCAUUCACACGGCCGUCAAAGUUCCAGCAACACUCGAAGCUCUGUCACGGGAUCACGGCCCGAUUGAAGGAUGCAAAAAAGUCAUUCUUGAACUUGAGAAAGCUUUGCCCCAUGAAGCUGUAUUUGGAUCCGAUUCAAAACGGACAGCGAUCAAGAGCGCCCUUUCCUGGUUCUUAAAGGAAUCGAAAGCAAAAAGCUUAUUGCAUGAGUUACGGGAGUACAAGCGCAUCAUUGCGUUAGCUCUAACGACCGAUUCUUCUCUUGAUAUUAAAGAAACCAAGGCCAACACGGAGAAAAUAUACGCAAUCAUUACCGCAGACGAACAAGAACGUAAUAUUUACAAUUGGCUGUGCGCCACUGACCCAUCGGACAUACACGAACGAUCCUGCGAGGCUUAUGAGCCUGGCACAGGGGACUGGCUCUUCCGCGAUCCGGUGUGGGAGGCAUUUACGGAAGAGAAAACGCGUUGCCUUUGGAUCCACGGGAUCCCUGGCGCAGGGAAAACGAUAUUCGCAUCGCACCUCUUCCAAGCCACGCACCGGUAUCGUGGCCCGCAAGGCCUCAGCUCCGGCUAUGUGUACUACUAUUGCUACUUUGGCCACGCGCAGGAUGAAACGGUGCCGUUCCUGCGAUGGGUGAUUUUCGAGCUGUGCCGGCAGCUGGGCCGAGUGCCCCUCGCCGUGCACGAAUUGCAUCGGCGGGGAAGUAACCCAACGGCCAAAAACCUCCUCGCUGCGUUGGCCGACUUCUUACCAGCGUUUGGAAAGGUAUUUGUCGUCAUUGAUGCAUUGGACGAGAGCCUAGAGAGGGAAAAGCUGCUUCGAGUUCUACGAGAGCUCGCGUCCGAUAGCCGGUUCGAGAACCUACGGCUCCUUGCGACGAGUCGGGAAUAUGCCGACAUCGAGGAGGCCAUGACCGAGGUUGCGGUGCCUAUAUCGAUGCAGAACCCGUUUUUGGACGAUGACAUCAGGCUCUAUGUCCAGUCGAAACUAGACACCCAUCCAAGGUUUAAGCGUUGGCGGGCGGACCUACGACGGGAGGUUGCAAAUGCGUUGUCCGCCAAAGCAAACGGGAUGUUUCGAUGGGUCGUGUGUCAACUCGACUCCCUACAACGCCUCAAGCCGGAGUCCAAAGUUAUCCAAACGGCCUUGGCCAACCUGCCCAAGAGCUUGGAUGAGACAUAUGAGCGUGUCUUUAUGAGUAUCCCGGAAGAUGCCCGGCUGUUCGUCCAACAGGUCCUAUGGUGGAUGAGUACGCACAGGGCGAUUCACCAAGUGAUCCCCGGUGUCAGUCCCAUUGCUACGGUGGACAUUUCCGAGAUCAACGUGCCCCGAGGCGCGGACAUUCCGUUCGAGGUGCUGUUCGCGGCCGUGGAACGCGGACUGCAAGAGUCGGACGACCCGAACGCUGGGUUGUUUGAAGGGUAUAUGUUUGAUGAGGAACUGCUCCGAGAAUACUGCGGGUGUCUGGUGACGCCGACCACGUACACAGUACGGCCCAGGGGCAGGGUUGUGGACGACAUACCGACGGUCGCUUUUGCCCACUACACCGUCCUUGAAUUCCUGGAGUCUCGCCGGAUCCGAUCUGGCCCUGCCGCGUUCUUCAGCCUCCAUAGGGAACAGGCCCUGGCGGAUCAUGCAGUCAUUCUUCUUAACACGGCUGUUGCCAGCGUUGAGCGAUGGGACGAAGAAAUUCCCGAGAUGCCUGGCAUUGAAAUGUAUUCUGACUUUGACCGCUACUGCGCCCAGUCGUCGGUUGUCCUGCUUCAUUGGCACACGGACACGCUCCUGUCGUCGGGGACGUUGGCGUGGCUCACCCCGGCCGUGGAGCUGGUCAGGGUUCGCGCGCCAACGAUGGGAAGCCUCUUCUGGUACCCGCCACAGACACACUUCAAGCUGGAAAAUCCGAUAUCGCCAGCGAUCACCGCAUUCAUUCGCGCCAACGGCCUCACGCUCCUCGAACCGGCUGCGAGACCGGAACUGGAAACCCUCGCCCGCAUGCUCCAAGUCGAGCCUCGAGGCCGUCUUGCAAGGGCAUAUUUAGAAAGCUUGGACCGCACCAGUGCAGACCUGUCCUGCCAGAUUGAUCUCGAAUUUCAGCCGGGCGUGUGCUUUCACCGGCGGGGCGAACUGUGCCCGGUGGGGGUAGACGCCCACCUUGUCCAACCAGUCCGGUUCCGUGGUUCUGUACUGGAGUUCUUUGCCCAGCUCCCUGCCGGCACGUGGGCACAGCCCUGCCAGGCGCUGUCGGAUGUACUGGAUUAUUUCUCGGGCCAUUUCGACCCAUCCGUGCUCUUGGUGUUCGCCAUCGUCAACCACCACCACGUGGGUGCGAACAGCGACAGCCCAACAUCACCAUGUUGGGGUUGCAAGGUGAUCCAACGGCUUCUUCAGCUCGGCGCCAAAGCCACCCCGGCCGGGUAUGCUGUCAGCGCACUCCAAGUCGCAGCGGCACUACGAGAUGCCCGGUCUACCAAAAUUCUCCUCGAGGCGGGGAUUGACCCGAACGCGGUGGGCGACGGGGAGCAUGGCGAGAUUGGUACGCCUGAUCGCGGGCCGUUGCUGGAAGCGUUUGAGGUCGUUAAGGGCCGGAGUGCACUCAACAUUGUGAACGGGGAAUUAUAUGUCUCUAUGCGGACACGGAAUGUAUGGGUUGAGUCCGUAGUCGGAGACGAAUGGACGGAGUCGAUUGAGGAUGUCCUCGCCCGGUACGGGGCGAAGGAUUUCAUGGUAUGCGCGGAUCCUGAUGAGGCUUCUGUUCUGACGACGGAGAUGAGCAUUCUCACCAUCACCGAGGGCGAUAGGGACAGUGCUGUAUGUGUUGCAUGA